CUCAACAGUUCCACAUUAUCACAAUCUUGCUGAUCCAUCUUCAGGCUUUGGGAUAAGCCUCCCACUUCUCUCUCGCUCUGCUCUCACUCACUCUCUAACACAGACGGCAUGGCCACGGCCUCUGCAACUCUCUCUUCCCUCUCCUCUCUCUCCCUCCACACCACCACAACCACCCAUCGCCUCUCUUUCUCCAAACCCACAAAGCCCUUCUUCUCCAACCCCACAAAGCUCCCUCUUCUCCACUCCUUCCCCUCACAUCGCUCCACAACCUUCAUAGCCAAGACCUCCGACAUCGACACCACCUUCUUCGAAAACUUCGAUCCCAACGAAGAAAAUGACGCCGUAUUCAACCCCCCAGAGGCCCCUGAAGGCUUUGUCGCCCCACCCUCCUUCGACGACGGUCCCAUGGAGACCGAAGAAGAAAUCGCCGCCGCAUACGAAGAGCUCUACGGCGCUGCGUACAGCGGAGAGAGCUAUUUGGGCAAUGACAUAUACGUGAUGGACUCUAAGGUGAGGAAAACAACUGGGUUUGGUUCCAAAGCGAAGAAGGAGAAGGUGAAAGAUGGGCUCGACGAGAGGGUGGUGCAGGUGAGGAGGGUGACCAAGGUGGUUAAGGGAGGGAAGCAAUUGCAUUUCAGGGCCAUUGUGGUGGUGGGUGACAAGCAGGGCCAAGUGGGUGUUGGGGUUGGGAAGGCCAAAGAGGUUGUUACGGCGGUUCAGAAGUCCGCCGUGAAUGCCAGGCGGAAUAUCGUGUCGGUGCCGAUGACCAAGUACCUUACUUUCCCGCACAGGUCUGAGGGAGAUUAUGGAGCAGCAAAAGUGAUGCUUAGACCUGCUUCUCCUGGUACUGGAGUGAUUGCUGGAGGGGCUGUGAGAAUUGUUCUAGAAAUGGCAGGUGUUGAGAAUGCUUUGGGAAAGCAAAUUGGGAGCAAGAAUGCCCUCAACAAUGCCAGAGCCACAGUUGUUGCAGUGCAGAAAAUGAGGCAGUUCAGUGAUGUUGCUCGUGAGCGUGGUAUCCCAAUGGAAGAGCUGUGGAAGUGAUGGCAGUUUCAGAAGCUUUUCUUUUCUGUAGAUUUUUAUACAUCAGACUUUGUAAUUCAGGCUUCUUCUUAUAAUAUUGGGAAGGAAGAAAAUUACUUCACCUUUGACCUGAAUUUUGUAACAAAAUGAUCAUUUUGAUUUUUUUUAAUUUUCUCCAUAUCCCAAAUUGGAUGCGACAAAACUGACAGUGUAGCCUUCUCCUGCCUACUUGGGUUUGAUUACGAGAGUCCAAUCAGUUUGUUUGCCAUUCAGCUUGAUCCAAGUCAGAGUGUCUAAUGGUUGAAUCAAUAGGCUUUGUCUUCUUUUGCGUUUUAAAAGAGAAGAAAAAAUAUUGAAGAGCCUCAGCUCGGAGCUGAUUUGUUUGA